UUGUCAAUGCAGUAGGCCUACCACAAGUCCUAGACGGCUUGCGGCUGGUGGAUGAGGAAGGAUUUUGUAUUACAUAUUUUCAUUAAAUUGUAUUGGCAUCUGCAGCCUUACUCCACCUGCUAUACAAUAUUGUCAAUAAAUACAGCACAGCUUCCAAGGGUCAACACCACCAGGAUGCCCCCAAAAUUUGUUCGUAACCCUGGAAGUGGUGAUUAUGCCUCAUCUAGAAGUGCAGAGACUAGGGCUUUGCUUGAGGCAGGAUCUGAUGAGGAAGAUUUCUUCUUGCAAGGUCCCACCGUGAAAACCAAUUCACUGCGGGAGGACCCCAAGAUGGGCAGACUCCAGAACCAGGUGGAUGAUGUUGUUGGCAUUAUGAAGGAUAACAUGGGUAAAGUGAUUGACCGCGGUGAUCGCCUGGAGGAUCUACAGGACAAAUCUGACAACUUGGCUGGUAACUCUGAUUUGUUUCGAUCACGUUCUCGUGACCUGAGAAAAAACAUGUGGUGGAAAAAUUGCAAGAUGAAGAUAAUCUUGGCACUGGUGGUUGUUAUCAUACUGGCAGUUAUUAUCAUUCCUAUCAUCAUGAGUCACACAGGAAACGAUGGCUAGGAGGUGAUGAAUGCGUACUGGAGAGCUGUGAUACAAGAAGCGGGUGGAGGCGUGCUGGAGAGCUGUGACGUCAGAUCUGUUACCUUAACUUCCCUGAUUUAUCUCCCUUCUGUAGCCCUGUAGGGUCUUUUCUUUUUGUAAAUAUAUCUAUAAGCUUUAUUUAACAUGUGAUGGAAGUUUUUAUUUGUUUCUUAUAAUAAAAUUAUGCUUUUCAGUUGUUUUUCCUGACAUGUAGACCAAUUACACUUAAUCCUGUUCAUUUCCCGUUCCUUUUGCUUCUAUUAUAAUUGAAAAAUUCUUCUAGUUCAGGAAAAUAACAAUGAUCAAAUGAUAUUGAACGAAUAUUUAUCAGUUCUAUUGCUAAAUGCAUUGAAGCAAAUGCUCUAAAGAAACGUUACAAUUGGCCCGAAGCAUUGAUCUACAUAGGCGUUAUUUCGUGCAAUUUGUCCAUUUUGAUUGUAAAGUAAUUUGAAUGUAUUUAUUGUGAAGAUUAUUGUGUAUAUUUAUGUUAAAUGUAUUGAUGUACUAUCAGAAAAGUAUAUGAACCAAUUAAGGUGUUAUCGCUUCUAACUGUUUCAAAGGUUUCCAUUUUUGUCAUGUGAUUAAUGUUUUUGUACUACUUACUGUGUUCACAGUAGCAUAGUAUGUGGCAUAUGUCAGUCUUUGUUUUGUAGGUGAAUGAUGUUUUUUAAAGAAAGUAUGUGCCAAUGUCAACUCCUGAUGAAACAAUCCAUUGUCAUGAUAUGUGUUGUAAUGGAUGAGUGGACAGCAGAUAUCUGUCAUGUUUACAAAUAUAUGUGUAAUACAUGUUGAAGACCGAUUCCCAAAAAAACAUUGAUACAACUCAAUGUUUACUUUCGUGCUACAUCAUUAUUUUCAUGUGUAGGUGUUAAUGGAAAUGUAGGAACUGCAAUACCAUAAUGAAUCAGUCGGAUGUGAGGAAAGGUAUAAAACACGAUUUUUAUUUAAGUGACAAAUAUGUCUGAGCUAUGUAAAAAAAGCUUUAAUUGGAUGACGUCGUAAUAUCUCAUUUCAAGUUUGGGUUGAAAUUUUCAAUUAUUCUUUAAUAAAAAUGGCCAUACUUACAUAAUUCAAUAUGCAAAUUACCGGAACCUUUUUGAUAUACCUGGUAUAUGAAAUAUUAAGCAUUUAUUCGUUUUUAGAUAAAUCAUGAAUUAAAAAUUUGGUGUCGAGGACGUUAAACCCCCCAAAAAACUAAAAUCUGUGUCAGCUAGUAUGUAGACAGUUACAAAGGGGCGAUUUUCUGUAACUAUGAGGAUGAAAGAUUUAAAAUAUUGUGUACUAUUUUGUCAUCAAAAGCAUGACAAAGUCGCAGGUGAUUUGUCCGAUAAGAUACACGUGACAAUAAAAAUGAAACAAUG